GAGGCGGGCGCUAGGUUUGAAUUCUAGGCGGGCGGUUGCGGCUGAAGAUGGCGGCGGCGGCGGUGAUGGCGGGCCCGGCGUUGCUGCCAGCGCUGUGCAACCGGCGGUUGGCGGAGUUCCUGCGGCAGGUGGACGACACCGACCUGGUAUGGCUGCGGGAGAUCCGGGAGGAGGCGAUCAGGAUGUUCAACAGCUACUACAGCGACGAGCCGGAGCUGAUGCCCAAGACGCCGUCGCAGAAGAACCGGCAGCGGAGGAAGCGCCUUUGCGGCCUGCCGGAGGAGAGCCAGGAGCCGGGCAGGAAGAGAUUAUCUAGAAGAAGGAAUAGCAGUCUCAAACUGGUAACCUCCACGCGAUGUUCUCAACGUCUCCGAAAUAAAGAAAACCUGGAACUAAGCAGGUCUGAGGCCAAAGAAGUCUCUCCACCUCAGCGUGUGACAAGGUCUCAGGCUGCAGCAUCUGCUAAAAGUUCAGAGGUUCUUCCUGAGACCUGCCCUGAGCAGCAAGAGGAAAGGCAGGUUCCCUUAGAGGAAAUUGAUGUCAGCAGUUGUAUUAGUGCUGAGCUACACCUCCAGAACAGUGCAUCUAAACCAUCAGAGAAGCUCUCCACUACCAUCCUCUUGAGCUCAGAUGAUGGUUCUCCCAAGGAAACCAGGGUUGCCAAACUGUCGCCUGUACCUGCAGCCACUGAGCUGAUGGUCCCUCAUACCCCCGAGGCAAACGAUGCAGGAGAAAGCAAGGAGGCAUCUGAGCAGAAGACAUCAAAGGCGGCUAACGUAACAGUCAUUUUAAGUGAAGACUCUAGGCUGGAGGAGGUAGAUGACUCUGCUCAGGUACAAGAGGGGUCUGAAAAGGAGCCUUCCCAGUGCGCGAGAGACAGCUCAGGGACUCCAACAGGCGCUAAGCUGAGCCGUCGCUCCGUGCGCAGAAGUCUGAUGGGUAAAACUUCCAUGACUCGCAGAACCUCCUUGGCAGAGAAAUACUCACUAGCUAGCAAGAGGGAAAGUAUGAUCCGAAAAUCAAUCACCAGGACAGUGGUCAAGAAGAAGGCAGCUUGGAAGUCAUCUGUGUCCUCCAGUUGCACAGAUGUCUCCAGCUCUGGAGAGGUGCCAGAGGAUGAAGAAACAGUUGUCCAAACUGGGCCGCCUCCUGGAUCUUGUAUCCCCUCCAAGUUGAAUCCCCAAAGUCCGCGAAUGUCACUUCGCUCUCGAACCAUCAAUAGAAACGAACAGCUGCAGGAGCCAGGCAACAAUGAAAGCAACUUAAAUAAGGGGGAGACCCCGGAACCACCCCAGAGUGCCAGGAGAAAGCCAAGUUACAAAAGAGCUGUGGAUGAACGCUAUGACAAUCAGCAAGCAGAAGAUGGAGGGCUUUCUCCUCCGAGAAGACAGACCCCAUCCUCUGCCUUUCCAGCCAGCAAAGUUGUACGUCCUUUCAAAACGUUUUUGCACACUGUGCAGAAGAAUCAGCUUCUCAUGACGCCAAGCUCUGUGGGAAGAAAUGGAGUAAUAAAAUCUUUUAUCAGGUACAACACUCCUCUCCAAUCUGAUCCCAAGGCAAAGGAGAGACAGAAGCUAGAGACUCUGAGGAAAAAGCAUGAAGCUGAGCAGCUGAGAAAACAAAAACUUGAGGAAGAAAAGAAACGGCGACUAGAAGAGGCAAAGCUGAAGCGUGAGGAGCGCCUGCGCAAAGUGUUGCAAGCUCGGGAACGGGCAGAGCAACUAGAGGAAGAGAGGAAAAGGCGCAUUGAGCAGAAGAUAGCUCUGUUUGAUGAGAAGACUGAGAAGGUGCGGGAAGAAAGGUUGGCAGAAGAGAAGAUCAAAAAGAAAGCAGCUGCCAAGAAAAUGGAAGAAGCAGAGGCCCGGCGCAGGCAUGAUGAAGAGGCCAGGAAACAAAAAGCACUGCAGCAGGAGGAGGAGGAACGUCGGCACAAAGAGCUAAUGCAGAAGAGGAAGGAAGAGGAGCAGGAACGUGCCAGGAAGAUUGCUGAGCAGAGGCAGGCAGAACAGGAAAGAGAGAAACAGCUGGCUGCAGAGAGAGAGCUGGAGAGGAAGAAGGAACAGGAGAGGAUCCAGGCAGAGAAGCUACGCGAACAGCAGGAGAAGGCUGCUCGCCUGCAGAAGGAAGUGUUGGCUGCUGAAGAACAGUUCUACAAGGGGAUGGAGAAGAAAGACCAGGAGGAGCAGAGGCUAGCAGAGAUGAAGAGGCAAGAGCAAGAACAGAAUAAACUGCCAGAGGAACAAAAUGCUAAAGAUACAGUCCAAACACAACACCUAGAAAACAAAGAGAACUCACCUGCCUGCAGUUCAUACCAGAUGACUCCACAGGCCCACAAAAAUCCAAAGCCCCCCCUGAUAAAUCCAAACAACUAUGGAAUGGAUCUGAACAGCGAUGACUCUACUGACGAUGAAAGCCAGCCUCGCAAGCCCAUCCCUGCCUGGGCCACGGGGAAUCAGCUUAGCCAAGCUGUAAUCCGCCAGUACUACAACCCUCCCAAUAUUGACGCGCUCUUUGGGGUGAUCGCAAGCCCCAAGCUGGAGGACAUCUUCUACAAAAGCAAGCCGCGCUACUUCAAGCGCACCAGCUCUGCUGUGUGGAGCUCCCCGCCGUUCCCAGGUGCCAAGCCAGCUCUAGGUCUGCCACACGGCCUCAAAAAGUACUGAGCUGGGCAGUGGCAGUUUCUCGUGGAGCAGUGGGUGUGCAUUUCUGUCUCUAGGUGAGAAAAGAGUUACUGUUCAGUAUCUGUAAAUCUUUAGGUAUUAGCAUUGAAUAAAUGUCAGCUCUUACUGGGCCUUUUACUUGCAUUUUCUGUUUCCAGGGCUUAUUUUCUCACUGUUAAACAAAAUGGCAAGCUUUUGGGAGAUACUGCCUCGUAAAGAUGCAUCUCCUCCUACCAUCAGCUUUAAGCUGGAAAAGGUUUAGACCUUUAGGUCACGCGGGUGCAUCACCUAAAGCUGUACAAUCUUCCCCAGCCAAGCAGGGCUGGAGGUAGCAGCCAGCAGCAGACCGUCAGUCUGUCUGUACUGUCCGUGCCCACCGCGUGGCUGCAGCCAGAGUACCUGAAGGGCUGAGGGCUGCUGCAUGCAUCUCGGGUAAAAUCCAAAUACGCACUACUGACGUUCCCCAGGAGCAGGGUAUUAGCAGAUGGGGUCUUCAUCUCCUGCAAAUUGUAAAAUGAUUUAACCGUUUCGAUUUUCAGCAACACACUUUAUGCCAACACCAAGUGCAAUUAUGUGCAUAAGCUAGAUUGAUAUUUCCUACAGCUCAGGCUGAAAAAUGCUGAGGAUUUUAUUGACCUUUCUUCAGUUGUUGGAGAGAGAUGUGACCCUCGGUGUAAUCAUGUCUCCAGAAGUACCCAGGGUAGUGUAAGCAGGCUUUGUUGUUUUAGGCUAAAAGAAAUUGUGCAGAGGUUCUGAUAGAACUUUGUUGCUCUAAUUUAAAUUCCAUGUCCGUGGCAUUGAUUGGAUUGAAAGAAUGAGUUUAACCUUAAUCCCUCUUUCUCUUUUUUCCCCUUGGCUGUUACAUUUGUUCAGCAUCAAAGCUGGUUUUAUUUCUAGGCCUGUUUUGCACUUCGUGUUCAAUAAGACAGUUUCAAAUGGACUGUUAUCAAAACUAUUUCCUCUUACCAGCAAAUUAUCGGCUCAAUUUCAGUUCCAAGAGCACUUGGUGGUUUAGUCAUUCUUUCUGCACCUAACUUGAAAAUGGCAGAGACUUGUGUUUUCCCUGUAGUGAGCUCCUGUAUGGAGAGUAGAGGGCUCAGUACAACAGUGCUUGCUGGAAGAUUUUAAGGGAAAUGUUAGUUUCUGUAGGUUGUUGUGGAAGUCUGUCUUCUGCAAAUUAGACAACCUCUAUGGUUCUUACCUCAGAUUCAUCUUUUUUUUUUUUUUUUGCGGCUUGAUUUGUUUUAAAGACAGGCAGGUGUUAAUGGCUGCAAUUUCAGUAAGCAAAAGGCUGAAGAACACUGUUUCUGUGUACAUACAACUUGAUCCUUUAAAAAAAACCAAAUCACUGUAUGGAGAUUAGAAUGAGUAAGGAGACUUCUGCCUUUCCUUGUGCAUAUAGUAAAUGAACAGUUUGCAAGCAAAUGUCUUUAAAAUGAUGUGGGGUUUUAUAUUUAAAUACGUCAACUGCUAGAUGCUGUGCUAUUGAUCAGUGCUUGAGAUGACUGUGCUUUGAUAGAUCCUCUGUAGAUUGAGUUUUGUAUCAGAAUGAACAUAACCUUUUUGUAAGAAAGCUUGCUGAAACGGCAAAAACUUUAAAGUUGAAUGCUUUUUGAAUGUCUGACAGUGAUAAAAAGUGAGUUAAAUUGUC